UUGGGCCUCCGGUUCCCCACGCCCUAUGGGUCGUGGAGCAGAUCAUAUAAAGACGUUACAUCCAGCUGUAGCAGCGGACACCCAGAGGGCACCCUGAGGAGGACCGCAGAAAACAGACAUGGCUUCAUUAAUGUGGGGACUGGUCUGCGUUAUCGGCGUUGUCCUGGCACCGGGAUCUUUAGGCACUUUCUCACAGCCCCGGUCGUACAUUACGCCCCCAAUUCCACGAGUGUCCCCGCAGGUCCCCCCGAAGUUCUAUGGGCGCCUCGACGAUAACAGAUCUACUGUCCAAACCUCCGACGAAGCACUAAAUGACGAAAAAUUUCACCAGCACCAGGCAGAUGAUUUUACCGUCCGAGGAGUCCAGGAGCAGCGGAAGGCGCGAGCAGAUGCUGGCACAUAUUCCACGUCUCAGCCACUACAAAAAAGUCCAAAGCUGCUUUCACCGCUGCAAGACAAAGCUGCACCGCUUGGAUCCUGGAAGCCUGCUGGAGACUCCAGAGGAUCCAUCAGAACUAAUGCAGCAACAAGAACCAACUGCAGAAAUCGACCAAUAGAUCUGGUUUUCAUCAUUGACAGCUCCCGCAGUGUACGUCCUGCUGAGUUUGAAAAAGCCAAGGAGUUCCUGGUGGACAUGGUGGACAGUUUGGCCAUUGGCUCUGAUGCCACUCGAGUAGGCCUCGUCAAUUAUGCCAGCACCGUGCAAAUCGAGUUUCUGCUGAACACAUAUUCUGACAAGUCCCAUGUGAAGCAGGCACUGGCCCGUGUUGAGCCCCUUGCUUCAGGCACCAUGACAGGGAUGGCCAUUAAGACGGCCAUGGACAAAGCUUUCACCAUGGAGGCAGGAGCCCGAGCUGGCUCUGCAAGCAUCGCCAAGGUGGCCAUCAUAGUGACAGAUGGGAGGCCCCAGGACAAGGUGGAGGAAGUGUCAGCAUCAGCACGAACAGCAGGAAUCGAGAUCUACGCUGUGGGAGUAGACAGAGCUGAUGUGGCGUCUCUCCGACUCAUGGCCAGCCAACCUUAUGAUGACCAUGUCUUCUAUGUAGAGACUUAUGGUGUCAUAGAGAAGCUCACUUCAAAAUUUAGGGAAACUUUGUGUGGUAAGGAUGAAGAUGAUGAUGAUGGGAGUGAGGAUAAACGUGUAGAUCCUGGAAGUGAUGAUUACAGCCUAGAUAGCAGGAAGGAGGGUAACAGAAUAAAUGAGCAUGAUGAUAAAGGAAACAACGGUUUGGAGCCAUGUGCUCAGGGACACAACUGCCAGCAUAUUUGUGUCAACAGUGGCGACUCUUACAACUGUAAGUGUCGCCCGGGCUACAUCCUUAACCUGGACAAGAAAACAUGCUCACGUUCAGAUCCAUGUGCCCGGGGAAAUGACUGCCAACACAUUUGUAUCAACAGUGAUGACUCGUACACCUGCAAGUGUCGAGUUGGAUAUGUACUGAAUGCGGACCAGAAAACAUGCUCACGUUCUGAUCCAUGUGCCCACGGUCAUGAUUGCCAGCACACUUGUGUUAACAGUGAUGACUCAUACAUCUGCAAAUGUCGAGUGGGAUAUGUAUUGAAUCCAGAUAAGAAAACAUGCUCACGUUCAGAUACAUGUCCCCAGGGACAUGACUGCCAGCACAUUUGUUUCAGCACUGGUGAUUCAUACAUGUGCAAAUGUAAAAUGGGAUACACAUUGAAUCCAGACCAGAAAACAUGCUCACGGUUGGACUUUUGUGCAAAAGGACAUGAUUGCCAGCACAUUUGUGUCCACAGUGACGAUUCGUAUCUCUGUGAAUGUCACGUGGGAUAUGUUUUGAAUGCAGACCAGAAAACAUGCUCACGUUCCAGUUCAGAUGCGUGUGCCCAGGGACAUGACUGCCAGCACAUAUGUGUUAAUAGUGGGAAUUCAUACAUCUGCAAAUGUCGAGUGGGAUAUGUGCUGAACGUGGAUCAGAAAACUUGCUCACGUUCAGAUGCUUGCGCUCAGGGACAUGACUGCCAGCAUAUUUGUAUCAACAACGGUGUUUCUUACACAUGCAAGUGUCGAGAAGGAUAUGUGUUGAAUACAGACCAGAAAACAUGUUCCCAGGAAAUGAGGAGUGAAAUAACCGAGGAUGCCUGCAUGUGUGAAGCUCAGAUUGUGUUCCAGAAAAAAGUGCAAUCAACCAUUCAGGAGCUGAGCAGAAAGCUCGAUGAACUCUCAGACAAAGUGAAUCAGAUUGAAAGCCACCAGCAAUAUUAAGAGCAUCAAUACCAUCAGAGGACAAGUGCAGGGCAUGCAUUACAUCCAGCUUCACGACCCAUGGGAGUCAACCUGUAAACAUCUGUAAACUGGAAUGUUAACAUUUCAGUGAAAGUGUGCGUGGUUUUGAUUUUUGUCAUAUUAAAUAUGAUUAUUUUUUUUAAUUUGCUGCCCAAUCUGUUUUUACUUCUUGCUGUAAAGUCAGGUAAAACUGGUGUACAUGUUUACAUAUACCUGGGUUCCUAUUCAAAUAUGGAUGACAACUUGUUUAUCAACAUGUAGUCAACUAAACAGCUCUGCUUCUAUAAUUGUUGUUUAUUGAGUAGACAGCCUAUUACUUUCCUAUUGUGCAUACGCUACUUUGAGAGCUUUUCUAUGUCCGUGCAGUGUAGCUCUUGGCAGAACACUAAGCCUCCAUAGCAGAAAAAUAUAAGCUAAUCUCUUAUGUAACAAGAGUUUUAUAGUUGUCCGUCAGAUUGCAGCAUUCUAAAAAAGACCAAAAAUGAAGGCUGAUUCAACAGGCUUAUGGCAUGUUACAUCACAACGAUUUAUUAUACCCCUCCCUUUGAUACCUGGAUUGUUUGAUAACCUUUUUAUUAUGAUUAUAAUUAUUGUUUUGCUUGCACAAAUGUGAUUAGUAAUUACUAUUUUGUUUGAAGGAGAUGGAAAGUAGUUCAAAGAGUUUAAGUAUUACCAACUCUUCCAGUACUUUGCACACUUGGCCAUGAAAGUCUGUUUUCGUGAAAAGUUUUAAAAACCUGACUUACUCUAUAUACAUGUGCUGUUUAAAUAGACGACCAUAUGCAUGACAUAAUGUAUAUUCGUACUUAACUGUCUGUAUAUUGAUUUUGUAAAGGGUAUUUAGUGACAAAUGAAAAAUAAAUUUUCUGAAACAAAGGA